AUGUCUACCAGGAUGGAAUACACCCAGCCAGCUGUACGGCAGAGUCGUAUGAAAAUCGAUUCACUCCUGAAUCCACCAACAGAAGAGUCAGAAUACCUAUCAACAGGCUCUCCCUACUCACAACACGCGACCAUGUCCAACUCUUCAUCACACCCAAUCCCAAAUUCCCCAGGAUACCCUCCAAGUCCAAAUCAAUACUGGCCAGGGUAUGGUAGAUAUCAUGGCUACCACGAUACAAGCCCCGGCGCUUCAACUGCCACGACCCAUAGCAGCAGCAGCAGCAGCAGCAGCAGCAACAAUCAGCAACCUCAUCACAUGUUCCUCUCUUAUCGGCCAUCCGGUCCUGGGGAUGCUCGCUCAGGCUCAUCACACUCCUCACCAGACCCAUACCACCCCCGAGAGCGUUACGACUCAGUCUCUAGCAGUGAAAGCAACGGCACCGACCGCCGCCGUCCACCCCGUCCCAAAUACGAAGAAGAAGAGAUGUACUUCAUUUGGUACCACCGCGUCGACCUUUGCCAGGAGUGGAAGGAGGUGCGCGAAUCUUUCAAUCGACAGUUUCCUUCCAGACAGCGCCGUGGCUUCCAGGGUAUUCAGUGCAAGUUCUACCGCUUUAUCAAGGAAAAGAAGUGUCCUACUUUAAGAGAACAGAGACGCAUGCGGGAUGGCGAGUUCUUGCGCGAGGGUGCUUCUUUACCGCAGGACUCGGGGGCCCCUAAAUUUGGAGUCAUUGAGUCAGGCAAUGUGUGGUAUCCCUGGAUGAGGGAGGAUCGAGAAACAGUCUUGAGACCGCAUCUGUCGCAUUGA